AUGACGCCGCUGCUGCCUCCGCUGCUGCUGCUGCUGCUGGCGCACCGCGCCGCCGGCCAGGUGUUCUUCAAGGGGCAAUGCCCUGACCCGCCCACUGUGGUCGACUUCAAGACGUGGCUGUUCGAGGGCACCUGGUACGAGACUCAGCGAUGGUACUCCAUCAAGGAGAAGGGCCACUGCAUGCGACACACCUUCACCGACCUCGGCUACGGCAAAAUGGAUGUACUCACGGAGCUGACCAGGAAAAAAUCAUACGAGUACCGACGGGGUCUUGCGCAUUUGGAGGCCGCCAAGACCACAGGCUACGGCGAACAUAAACAUUCAUAUGGCCAAACCAAGUACACCAUCGCGUACAACGACGAGAAAUCAGAUAAGGGGGACGACGAAACUUUCUUUGUACUAGACACAGACUACUGGACAUAUGCAAUCAUCUGGUCAUGUAGUGACAAGAAGUUCUUCAACAUGCAGUACCUGCGCAUCCUGACGCGCUCGCCCUAUCCGCACUCGCACACUCUGGUGCGCGUGUACCGCGAGCUGGAGUACCUCGGCCUCGACCAGGAGCACCUGGUGCUUGUAGACGACAAACGGGAGUGCGAGUACCGGAUUGCGCAGACCCACCACAAGAAGGGUCACUAUGGCCAUAAGGGCAAGGGCGGUGGCUACGGCCGCCGGCCCGAACGGCUGCCCUACCCCAUCUCCUACACAUCGCUGCUGACCGAGGUCAAGCCGGGCGGCAGCUACAGCGGCGGUCUGGAGCAGGCCGCCGGCGGCUACGACCUCUCCGGGACUGAGCACUCGGACGACGGGUACCUGACCGUCGGCGGCGGCGGCGGCGGCUAUGACGUCGGCUCAGACAUCGGACUGGGCGGGUUCGGCGCGUCGGGAGGCUCCGCCGGAUUCGCUGGAUCCGGCGGUUCCGCUGGAUCCGGCGGGUACGGGGGCGGCGAGUUCAGCUCGGGCUCGUCCGUCGCUGGUGGAUACGGUCAGAGCUACUUGAGCGGAGACACGCUCAGCCUCGGAGGCAGCGGCUACAGCUCGGGAGGCGGAGGGUAUUCAGCUCCAUCUUCCGGCCACUCCGGAAGUCAAGGGUCGUCUGACGUCCACGGUGGCGGCUUUGGCGGCGGCAGCGGUAGCAGCUACACCAGCUACAGUUCGUCGGGGUCUGGAGGGAAAUACUAGGCCAGUUUCCUCCGACGUACGUUGUUACGGAGAUGCGCAUGACCAUGGGCGUGACCAGUAUCUCUGAGGUGGGGGAGGUAUAUUAGAAUUGGUGAGUUUAACUAUGGUCUGAACGGAACACCAUACCCUGACAUUGAACGGGAAAACGUGAACAACUUGCACUUUGGGGUAAAAUUGGAAACAAAAUCAAAUGCGUUUUGCAAAAGACGGGCAUGCCAUCUUCACCCCCCCCCCCCCUCAGUGGUUACACCCAUGUGCGUGACUGUUAGCUACAAAAAUUAGUGUUAAAGAUAAGCAUUCCCAUCGGUGUCCUUUCGUUUUUGAGGACUAUUUCGCCGUGCAUGCAUUUGUUUGUAUUUGUUCCAGUUUGUCAUAGGACAGAUUUUGCUGUAAUCACUUUCUACGUGAUCUUUUUUGUAAAUACAUGAGCAGAUAUUUAUUUUAGUAUGUGACGUAUGUAACAGGUCGAUAUUGCACGAAAUACACCAUCGCACCCAUCCUUGUGGCUGUCCUUGCAGUUCGGGAUUAGGCGCACCCACCGUGACGUCCCGGCCCAAAAGAGGCCUGUGCUCCAGUGCAUUGCGUUAAUUACCUGUUGAUGCCGUCUUGCCACACGUACG